AUGUUAAAAAUCAUCUUAACUCUCCUUUUUGGAGUAAUUUUCUCCGUUUCAGCUCAAAACACUUCCAAUCGGUACGUUGGAUGCUUCAGUGACAACCUCGGAAAUCGCAUGUUCGAAGAAGUUACUUACAUGGAUGGAACGCUUUCUGUUGAAAAUUGCGCCAAUUAUUGCAAAUCCAAGAAAUUCGCGUAUCUGGGACUCGAAUGGGCGCGCGAUUGUCGUUGCGGCAACAGUUUGAAGGAUAGAGCGUCGUUCCCGCAGUUACCGGAGAGCAGUUGUUCGUUGGCGUGUCCCGGAAAUUCCUCACAAAAAUGCGGAUCGUUUGGGAUUCAGUCGGUUUACGAGACGGGAUAUGAAGAUGAGUCACAAAAACCGUUGAUUGACUUUGUUGUGAAGAAAAUAGAUUUGAAAAAUUUUGAAUACGUUGGCUGUUUCAAAGAUAUCGCUGUAUCCGAUUAUCGAAUGUGGGAAUUUGGCGUCUUUUGGGAUUACACAAACUCGAUUUACAAUUGUGUCAAAUUUUGUCAAGAACGUCUUUAUAUCUUUGCUGGAGUGGAAAACGGGAGAGAAUGUUGGUGUGGAAAUGGUUUGCGAGACACUGUCAAAUACCCAAAAUUGAAGGAUAGUCUUUGUAACAAGCCUUGCACGGGAAAUUUUGAUGAAAAUUGUGGAGCAGAUAAGAAGAUGGCGAUUUACCGAACAGGCAAUCGAGUAUAUUUGAAGAGAAAAGGUGGGACAAUACUUGAGCUUAACAACGGAAAAUUUGUGCCAAUUUCUGUUUUAUAG